UUAGAGUCUGCGUAUUGGCGGAUAAAUUCCUUAGUUGCAAAUAAACUAUCGGUAGUUGAAGGCAUGACAGAAUGAAAUAAACAAAAAUAAAAUAAAAGGAACAUUGAAUAACGUGCAAGAUGAUGCUCUCAAGAAUGAAGCCGGCCGUUGGGCCUGGCGCGGCAACUGGACCAAGUAAAGAAACCAGCAAAAAGAAAAAGUUUCCUAAAUAUGAAGACUUCCUGGAUAUAAGAGAUUAUACAGGAGCUAUAACUCUUCUUGAGUUUAAUAGAGCCAGUGGUAAAGGAAAUGAUGAAACAGAUAUGUGGAUAGCUUAUUGUGCUUUUCAUCUGGGGGAUUAUAAAAGAGCUAUGGAGGAAUAUGUGAGACUGACUCAAAAGAAGAAUUGUGUACCAGAUAUGUGGUCUUAUUUAGCUUGUUGUUAUUUUUUCUUGGGCAUGUAUCCAGAAGCUAAAACUGCUGUAGAUAAAGGUCCUAAAAGUAGACUGCAGAACCGUGUGUUGUUCCACUUAGCUCAUAAAUUUAACGAAGAACGUCAGUUAAUGGGAUUUCAUCAGAAUCUCCAGGAUAUCAUAGAAGAUCAGUUAUCUCUAGCAGCCAUACACUAUUUACGUAGCCAUUAUCAAGAAGCUAUUGAUAUUUAUAAACGUAUCUUAUUGGAUAACAGGGAUUAUUUAGCUUUGAAUGUUUAUGUGGCUUUAUGUUAUUAUAAAUUAGAUUAUUAUGAUGUCUCUCAGGAGGUGUUAGCUGUUUAUCUUCAAACCUUCUCCGAUAGUGCUGUAGCUUUAAAUCUAAAAGCAUGUAACCAUUUUCGAUUAUAUAAUGGUAAAGCUGCAGAGGCUGAAUUGAAAUCAUUACAAGAAAUGGCUUCCCCUUCAUUCAUAUUUGCUAGAGAUCUGAUUAAACAUAAUUUGGUUGUGUUUCGAGGUGGCGAGGGUGCUUUACAGGUGUUACCUCCCCUGAUCGAUGUUAUCCCAGAAGCAAGAUUAAAUCUUGUUAUAUAUUAUCUUAAACAAGAUGAUAUAAAUGAAGCGUAUAAUCUGGUACGAGACCUAGAACCCACAACACCACAGGAAUAUAUAUUAAAAGGUGUUGUCAACGCUUCUAUGGGACAAGAACAAGGAUCAAGGGAGCAUCUGAAAAUUGCCCAGCAAUACUUUCAAUUAGUUGGUGGAUCAGCUAGUGAAUGUGAUACCAUACCUGGAAGACAAUGUAUGGCCUCCUGUUUCUUUUUACUCAAGCAAUUUGAAGAUGUUCUUAUUUACUUUAAUUCUGUCAAGAGUUACUUCUAUAAUGAUGAUGCAUUUAAUUUUGAUUAUGCUCAAGCCAAGGCAGCUGUUGGUAAUUUUAAAGAAGCAGAAGAGGUAUUUUUGUUAAUACAGAGUGAUAAGAUGAAGAAUGACUAUACUUAUCUUAGUUGGUUGGCUAGAACAUAUAUCAUGAAUCGUAAACCUAGACUGGCGUGGGAGUUAUAUCUGAAAAUGGAAACGUCUGGUGAAUCUUUCAGUCUUUUACAACUAAUAGCUAAUGACUGUUAUAAGAUGGGACAGUUUUACCAUGCUGCUAAAGCUUUUGAUGUGUUGGAAAGAUUGGAUCCAAAUCCUGAAUAUUGGGAGGGUAAACGAGGGGCUUGUGUGGGUGUUUUUCAGUUGAUUAUAGCUGGUCACGAACAAAGGGAAAUGUUACGAGAUGUUAUUAAUAUGUUGAGAAACACCAGUAAUCCACAAGUAGAAUAUAUUAUUAGAACAAUGAAAAAAUGGGCAAAGGAUAAUAUGGUGCCUGUUCCAUAAGUCUACUCGCUUUAACAUAAUAUAGUUAUUCAUGUACAAAGUAAUAUUAAUUUAUACAUAAAAUUCUAGAAAUUUCGUUAUAUAAAUAUUUUUGCACUAUACUAUUACUAAUGUAAAACAUUUCAUUAAGACACUUCAACCAUUUGUAAGUGGUAAUUCAUUGUGACCUAUGACUGUACUUAAAACAUUCCAUGCAUUAGCCUGUAAAAGACAUAUAUCAUAAAAUGGUUUAUUGUUUGACAUAUACCUUAUUCUAUGGUAAAGUGUGCUUACUCUGAGCAGACGUUGCUUGGUUUGACCCUAUCUUAUAUGUACUUUCUCUGUUCAUCCAAGUUGCUUUGUUAUACACACAUAUGUAAUUCGUAAUACGGAAAAGACACCCAUUGUUUGUGUUGACCCAAUCUUACAUGCAUUUCCUAUGCCUUUUUUAGUAUCAUUCCAGCCAUUAACUACUGCAGAAAUUUCAAAAUAUGUUACAUAUAUAUGUGGCUUCAAUUUACUUUCUUCUAAUGACAAUAUAUCCACUAAUUUGACAGCAUGCUGACAUUUACUUGGACAAAUAUUGGCUGUUUAGUAAACAAAAAUGAUUAGUGGUGUGAAGAACAUAUUAAAUUUAUCUUUCAUUUUCUAUUAUUGUUAAUUCCGAUCCAUCAUUUUUUAGUUUUGUUAUGAAUUUAUUUUGAGAAAUCCGUCCAUUGUAUAUUUGAAGUAAAAUAACUGUUGUAUAUUAGAUUUUAAUGACUAUAGAAUAUACUUUAAUAAAUAUUAAA